UGAGAACCUGUAGCAGGAGGGCGGCCGACCGAAAGAAGGAUGCAAGUAUAGAAGCAAUUCUCGCGAGAAGUAGAGUUGCCGUCGCUUCCAGAGGGGCGGAGGCCCGGAGGUGCACCACGUGUGGGUUACUGCUCGAGCUGAAUCGCGGAGACUUAACAGUUUGGGUUUAGGUUGGAUUUGGAACCGUGGAGAUGCGAAAGGAAACGCCGCCCCCCCUAGUAGCCCCGGCUGCCCGGGAGUGGAACCUUCCCCCUAAUGCGCCCGCCUGUAUGGAACGGCAGUUGGAGGCUGCGCGGUACCGGUCUGAUGGGGCGCUUCUGCUCGGGGCCUCCAGCCUGAGUGGCCGCUGCUGGGCUGGCUCCCUCUGGCUUUUCAAGGACCCGUGUGCUGCCCCCAACGAAGGCUUCUGCUCCGCUGGAGUCCAGACGGAGGCUGGAGUGGCCGACCUCACUUGGGUGGGGGAGAGAGGUAUCCUCGUGGCUUCUGAUUCAGGUGCUGUUGAAUUGUGGGAGCUGGAUGAGAACGAGACACUUAUUGUCAGCAAGUUCUGCAAGUAUGAGCAUGAUGACAUUGUGUCUUCAGUCAGUGUCCUGAGCUCUGGCACACAAGCUGUCAGUGGUAGCAAAGACUUCUGCAUCAAGAUUUGGGACCUUGCUCAGCAGAUAGUUUUGAAUUCAUAUCGAGCUCAUGCUGGACAGGUCACCUGUGUUGCUGCCUCUCCCCACAAGGACUCCAUGUUUCUUUCCUGCAGUGAGGAUAAUAGGAUUUUACUAUGGGAUACCCGCUCUCCCAAGCCAGCAUCACAGAUAGGUUGCAAUGCCCCUGGCUACCUUCCUACCUCCCUGGCUUGGCAUCCUCAACAAAGUGAAGUCUUUGUCUUUGGUGAUGAGAAUGGGACUGUCUCCCUUGUGGACACCAAAAAUGCAAGCUGUUCCCUCAGCUCAGCGGUGCACUCCCAAUGUGUCACUGGGCUAGUCUUCUCCCCACACAGUGUUCCCUUCCUGGCCUCUCUCAGUGAAGACUGCUCACUUGCUGUGCUGGACUCAAGCCUUUCUGAGGUGUUUAGAAGCCGAGCCCACAGAGAUUUUGUGAGAGAUGCUACUUGGUCUCCGCUCAAUCACUCCCUCCUCACCACAGUGGGCUGGGACCAUCAGGUCAUCCACCAUAUUGUGCCAACAGAACCUCUCCCAGCCCCUGGAUCUGAAAGUGUUGCUGAGUAGAUUGGAUUUAAGAAAGAAAGUAAACCUCUCCUAAGAAUCCACUCCUUUGCCUCUGACCCCUCCGUUUGUGAGACAACAGAGGAGCCUUGGAUGUUAUACCCUAGAUCUGUGUAGUUCAUAGGCAUUGUUUCUCAGUGUGAAGGAGGCUGGAUUUUGGUAUCCUAUAGUCACAGGAAGGAAAAACUUUCUUGCAAAUGGAUAUAUAUGUGUGCCUCAGUGUACAUGAAGAUCUAUAGUUUUUGGUUCUGGGGGAGACUAAAAAGAAUUGAUUUCCAUCUUUCUCAAGCACAUCUCUCCCCACAAAAAAAAAUCGACAAAAUAUUUUAUGCUUCCCGUGUAGUUUUCUAUGAAUUGGCUGUGUCUGAGUCGGGUAUGAGAUGUGGGCAUCCCUGGGUUCUUGUAAGCUCUUAGGCUACUUAAAGAUAGGUACAGCUUUAAUUUUUUUUUAAUGGAGCUUGAUUUACCAUUAUUACGGGAAAUGCUUCCAUUUGCAAAAAUCCAGCCCAACUACUUGACAAAGAGAUAGGAUACACUCACCGAAGUUUUGCACAGCUCCUUGCCAUUAAACUGAAUUGAAGUCCAUUUUUAUUGGCUGAAUAAAGAGUUUGGCUAGUGCUGGUAUAAUGCCUCCCUGACCCCCAUGGCUUUGUGUUUAUGAAAUAUAAGUGUUUUUCUGGCAUAGCUUCACAGAGCAAAGUUUAGGGUGGUGGAGAGCUUAAAUCAUUUCAAUGAAGUUAGAAAACUGACAUAGACUCUUACAGGGACAUCUUUAUCACCUUUGCUACCCCAAAAAACAGCCUGAGGACUGACCUGCCUCUGGGCCCUUUCUCUGGACAUAGGAAGUCUGCUAUAUUUGUAGACUCCUAAGAUUUUGCAAUCCAGCAUCAGGGAGAGAAUUAGGAAUAUCUAUUAAAUAAAGAGUUUAGGCAUUGUUUGCCUGUCUUUUUUGAAGCUUUUAUGUUAUCUGCACUUAGACACAUUUCCACUUCUGUGAAUUAUCAGUGUCAGCUUAGCCCAUAGCUCUUUCUCUGUUUCCUCAGUUCCCAGAAUAGUUACUUAGAGAUGAAGGUAAAUGUUUUUUUACUCCUUGGGUUGGAUUUAACUGGCCACUGCCAUUUAAAAUCAGAUAAAUUACUGAUUGUAUUGAAACAAAAUAUAAUCAAUUAUAUACUUAGGAACUUUGCAAGUUUAAAUUAGGGAAGAUCAUAUAAAACUAGGGCAGUUUGAAUAUGGGCAAAAUAUUUCUAAGUAAAGCUUCUGUAUUUCAUUCUUGCUAAUCCUGAACUCUCUGUUCUCAUGGGAAUGUAUAGUCAUGUGAUCUCCCAGAGUUAGGGCAGGGAAAGAAUACAUUCUUCAUUGUUCUAACUAUUACUUCCUGGGGAGGAGUAGGAUGAUUAACUGGAAUUAAGUUCUGCUUCUCUUUUGUGACCUUUUUUUUUUUUUUUUUUUUAACAGCUCCUUAAACUUGGAGAUAAUGAUAAUUCUUUCUAACCAUAAAAUCUGAAUUUACGUUUAAGAGUCCAAUUAGAACCAGUCAGCAGAUAAAACUUAAAUUCUGUGGUUACUUAGAGGAAAUAAGGAAGGGGCAUAACAUGGGCAUUAUAUUUUCAGUAUUUCUUUUCCUCUUAAGAAUAGUGGAGGAAAAAACUUAAGUGAAAGAGAUGAGACUCCACGGAAAUGUGUGUAUGUAUUAAGGUGGCUAAAACAACAUUACAGAAGGAAGAGUUUUACAAGAAGAAAAACAUCUUUGGCUUCAGAUGUAUCUGUGCUGAUGAGAGUAAUUCACUUCUAUUAAUGAUUGCCACAAGACAUAUGAAAACAUAAUCAAAGUAACGCAGGAGGGACCAGCACAAUUUUCAAUGUAUGUUAUGGUGAGCCAAGAAGAUAGUUCAAAAUAGAAGGUGACCUCAAAAUAAUCAGGAAUAUGAUGUCAUUUGGGGCAAUUGUCCACUAGGUCUUUGUCAUGAAAAGAGUUUCAGUAGAGUGAGCAUGGAAUUUACCUACAACAGGGAGCAAUGGAAUUGCUUUGUUUAAAAGCAUACAAACACCCUGAUCUUGGGGAGGGGGUGCAGGAUUACCCUUCUUCCCUAUCUAGGCUGAGUAAUCUUGUCCUGAGGACACCCACCACAUGAAGUAGAAAUCUCCAAAAUUAAUAAGUGAAUUUUGACCCCUGUUAGGCACAAGGUGGUGGAGGGGUGUGUGUGGGGGGGAAGUGGGGUGGUGGUGGUGGUAGGAGAUGUUGCCUUUAAAUCACCUCUUUGUCCUUGAGUGUUCACCCACCACAUGAAAUAGAAAUCUCCAAAAUUAACCAGUGAGUUGUAACCCUAGUCAGGCACAUGGUGGGGUCAAGGGGAGUGUAGCCUUUGAAUCACCUCUUGAAAAGCUCUUCUGUUUUCCCUGAUAGGUAGAAUGGCAGACUCUGGGACAGGUGUCCCCAGUAUAUUUCCUUCAGUAGCAAAGCAAUAAAAUUAAUGUUAUUCCUUUUUCUAAAAAAAAAAAAAAAAAAUCACACACACACAAAGGAAAAUGUCUUGCAUUUAAUUUCACUGAUUCAAAUUUUUGAAUGUGAAAGUGAAUCCAUUCAAUUUAAUUAUUCUGAAUCCACUGUAUUCCACUGCUGAUUUCUGGCAAGGACUACUCAAGGCUCACUCCUUGAGUAAUACUUGGAACCAAAGAACACUGGAGAAGGUUUACCCAGAUUCAGCUGGUGUCAGACAUUGGGCUGAUUCUCAGGGAUCUCACUAGCUUCAGGGAAUGUAACCAGUUCACAAUCAUUACAGCAUCAGAAACAUCCAAGCUCUAAUUGCUGGAACCUCUAGUCAUGUUUCCUCAGGACAGCAUGUUAGAAAGGAAGGAGAUGUGGGUGUUAGGGAACAAAUGUCAAUGGUGGGAACACAGUUCUGUAAACUGGGCUUACUGUGCCGGUCCCCCACAUGCUUUAUUUUGCAAGAAGCAAUUUAUCUGCAGCCCUGCCUGGCUUAAGUGAACAGGAUAUGUUACAUUCCUCAGCAAACUACCUGUUAGCCAUAGGAGAAAUACAGGCCUGAAAUAAUGUCAAUAAGAGGAACCAAAUUAACCUGAAGGGGGAGACUUUUUGUGACUUUUUUUUUUUUUUUAAACCAGCUCUUAAACUUGGGAGAUAACGAUAAUUCCUUCUAACCAUAAAAUCUAAGAAUUUAUGUUUUAAGAGUCCGAUUAGAACCAGUCAAUAUGGGCCUAAGUGACCUAAAGUUAUCAUGGUAGUGGAGACUUGAAAGUCUAAUACCAUUCUGCUGUCAGUCAAAGGUUAAGAGAUGAAUCUGGGUGGGCCUCUGGAAACUUAUCUGGGAUACCCAAUAAAAUAAGUGCAGAAGAGGCACACAUCCCUCUUUUUAUUUACUCAUUUUUCUUUGCAUUAUAAUUCUUAAUACAUCGUUGUACAAUAAUUUAUUAUAUCUCUGAUUAUAUAUAAGGUACGGUGACACCAAAUUCACAUCUUCAUACAUGUAUUUUGUAUAAUGAUGAGGGUCUCCUUCAUCCCUCUUCUAAUAGGACCCACUCCUCCUGGAGAGUGCCCCCUUUCUCUUUUCCUAUCCUUUCAAUAAACUCUUGCCAGUUA